UUUUCUUAAGUUAAGAAUUCUUAAAAACAAAAAUGCCAAGAGUGGAUUUGUAUCAAAAGAAUGCCAAGUUUCAAACUGCAAAACAGAUCCAAGCAUAUCAGACUAUUGAUUCCAUUUUUAGAACAGAUGAUACACUGAAAAUUAAUGGGCCUUAACAACCCAAGACAUCCCUUCUAGAAGAUGAUUCACACUUAAUGGGCCUUAUAUUGGGCUCAAAAAUAGUUUUUAAGUUUUGAGACUUUUAAACGUCGGUUUAUAUGCGCCUCCACUCCACGGAAAAUACGGAUCAAGAACUUGAUCUCCAAGUCUUUGAAUUUUAUAAAUAAAACCAACAAGACUCACGACUUUCAUCAUCAUCACCUUCUCUUCUAACAAAAUCAUUUUUUUCCCUCUAAAGUAACCAUGGCUUCACCUUUACUUGGUCCACCGGAGCUUAAAAACUCCAACUCUCCCCUCCCAGCCUCUGGUCCCAGAGAUCCAUUCAUGGACCUAAUGGUUUCAAACUUCAACAAGUCAACCAAAGUCAACGUCUCCCUUUCUCCUCCCAUGGGCCUAACCGAGAACGGAGCCGCGACCUACCUAUCCGCAGGUAACCCUUGCCUCGACUUCUUCUUCCACGUCGUUCCCAGCACUCCCAAGGAAUCGAUAGAGCAGAGACUCUCCACGGCUUGGAGCCACGACGCUUUGACCACUCUCAAGCUUAUCUGCAACCUUCGCGGAGUCCGCGGCACCGGAAAGUCAGACAAGGAAGGGUUUUACACGGCGGCGCUGUGGCUACACGGUUGCCACCCCAAAACCCUGGCGUGCAACCUCGACUCUUUAUCCAAGUUUGGAUACUUUAAAGACUUUCCGGAGAUUCUUUAUAGGAUACUAAAAGGGUUUGAGAUCCGUAGGGUGCAGAAGUCUGAAUGGCUACAGAGGAAAGGUCGUCGUUCCGCGCCUCGAUCUGGAGGUGGUAGAGGUAGAGGUAGAGGUAGAGCAAGAGCUCCUUUCUUUAUUGAUUUGUCGAGAUCCUCUCAUAAGGGACGUGGACGUAAGAAGCCGGCGGCGACGAGGGAAAUGAGGAUAGCUAAUGCUGAGAAAAGGAACCAAGAAGAGAAGGCGAAAGCUAGCUUGGACCGCAAGCUUGAGAAGAUAUCAAUGGGGAAGAAAGCUUUCACCAGAUACUCUCAAGAUCCGGACUACCGUUUCCUCCACGAACGCGUCUCCGAUCUAUUCGCUGAUUACUUAAAGAAGGAUCUCGAGUUCUUGGCUUCCGGCGAAACGAACAAGAUCUCUUUAGCUGCUAAGUGGUGUCCUUCCCUCGACUCUUCCUUCGACAAAGCAACUCUUCUCUGCGAGAGCAUCGCUAGAAGAAUAUUCCCUCGCGAGUCUUUCCCGGAGUACGAAGGCGUGGAGGAAGCUCACUACGCUUACAGAGUGCGUGACCGCUUAAGGAAGCAAGUUCUUGUUCCGUUAUGAAAGACUCUGCAGCUACCAGAGGUUUACAUGGGAGCUAGAGAAUGGGGCUCUCUCCCUUACAACAGAGUAGCUUCCGUGGCGAUGCAGUCUUACAAAGAGAUAUUCUUAAACCACGACGCGGAGAGGUUUCAGAAGUAUCUAGCCGACGCGAGAGAAGGGAAGACCAAGAUCGCAGCCGGCGCUGUCUUACCUCACGAGAUCAUCGGCGAGCUGGAAGGAGGAGACGGCGGACAAGUCGCCGAGCUGCAGUGGAAACGAAUGGUGGACGAUUUAAAGAAGAAAGGCUCCUUGACGAGCUGCAUCGCGAUCUCCGACGUCUCGGGGUCCAUGACCGGGGAUCCGAUGGAGGUCUCCGUCGCGCUGGGGCUUCUCAUCUCGGAGCUGACGGAGGAGCCGUGGAGAGGGAAGAUGAUAACGUUCAGCGGCGAUCCCGAGCUUCAGGUCGUGGAGGGAGAUGAUCUGAGGACGAAGACGAGGUUCGUGAGGAGGAUGGAGUGGGGGAUGAACACUGAUUUUCAGAAGGUGUUUGAUCUGAUUCUGAAGGUGGCGGUUGAUGGGAGGUUGAAGCCGGAGGAGAUGAUCAGGAGAGUGUUCGUGUUCAGCGACAUGGAGUUUGAUCAAGCCGCGACCUCGUCUUCGGUGUCUUAUUAUGGUGGUACUAGACAGGUCGCGAAUACAUGGGAAACAGACUACGAGGCGAUUGCUAGAAAGUAUAGGGAGGCAGGGUACGGGGACGUGGUGCCGGAGAUAGUGUUUUGGAACUUGAGGGACUCGAGUUCGACCCCGGUGAGUGGGAGCAAGAAGGGAGUAGCGUUGGUGAAUGGGUUUUCAAAGAAUCUGAUCAAGAUGUUUUUGGAUAAUGAUGGAGAGAUUAAUCCCAUGGCUAUUAUGGAGGCUGCUAUAUCAAAGGAAGAGUAUAGCAAGCUUGUCGUUGUUGACUGAAAGAUUCAUGCUUUUGGUUUUUUUUUUGACGUUUGCUGAAUAAAUUUUUUAACGUCACAAAUAAAGGUAUAACGAUUAUACCAAUUCUAUCUUUGACGAUUACGCGUGUACUUAAAUGAGAUUUUUAACUGCAGUUGAAUGUAUCUCCUUGCGAAUUUUCUCGAAAACAGGCUCGAAAUAUAAAUCCCAUUUUACGAGCUUUCCUACCCCACCCAACAUUGGGCUUGAAAGGCCUGCUAAUUUGAUCAUUCCUCGAGAAUUUUGAUAGAACAUGUCCCUUUAGACUUUUUAAGCAAACCGAAGGGUGAACACUUGGGCCAUAGCCUAAGACCAUCUUUAUCCCUGAUCCUUAAUAAGGUUUCUAAGCAAAAUAAGUGAUUUAAUUAAAUCAAAAGAAAAGAAAAGAGGUAUAACCGAUCCUUAAAUAAGGAGUUUGGUGACCGCUUUUAAGAGAGGUUUUAAGUCCACGUGUCAGAAAAUUAGGGAAAGGCUUUUUUCCCUUCUAUUUGUCUCUUUUUUUUCUGACUUUGUCUCGUCUUUCUCGUGUUCUCCGUCUGAGAGAAAGGGUCGAAACCGACGAAACCCACCACCGAUCGAAACCCCAAACACUCUUCUCCACCACCGAUCCUCCGUCUUUGAUAUUUUUGAAAGAUACAAAGGCAAAGACAUCUCUGUUGUUGCAGGUGUUGAAGGAAGAGGUUUCAUUUUUGGUCCUCCUAUUGCGAUGGCUAUUGGUGCCAAAUUUGUUCCCAUGAGGAAGCCCAAGAAGCUACCUGGUAUGGUACCAUUUUUAAUAUUGAGUUCAUGGGAUUAGUGAAUUAUGAUAGCUCGGACUGAUUGUUCUGUGUUAAUUUGAGUGGUUUAUUCAAUUUUAUGUUGUGUAGAUGGCUAGGACUCAGAAGAACAAAGCAACCGCUCAUCAUCUGGAUUUGUUAAAGGUAAACUCUUCUCCUCCCAAGCUAUUUCAUUUUUCCAGUUUUGUGUAGCUUAGAGUGAGGUUUGUUGUUUAUAUAUGGCAUAGUCUCUUGUAAAGUUUCUUACUUGGAUGAAUAAGUUUUGUUGUUAAUACCAAAUAGCACAGUGUAAAACAUUGCAUUGACCUUAAGAAAUAAAACAGAGCUGCUGCAGCACAUGAGACUUAUGGCGUUUUUUGUUUGUUUGUCCCCAGUGUGGUAUGUCGCCACUAUUACAGAAUCAGCUAGCAGAGUUAACAAAUCAGAAGCAGCAGCAACAAGUGGCAACUGGUGGAGAUAAAAAGAGAAGAAAGCUUGUGGUGGUUUCCCAGAAUUGCAUCGAACCGCUUCAAGCACUUUGUCAUGGUAAUAAAGAGGUACUUUUCAGCUUGACCUUGAUGACUCAGUGGUUGCAGAUCCUUGAUUACUGUAUACACUUGUGCCUUUUUGGAUACAUGUUUCUACCAGUGUUGCAUGAUCGUACCUCACUAUUGAUGUUGGUUUUGCAAUGAUCAGGUGAUGAGCAUGAAAGGUCAGAGUGCAGAUAAGAGGCGCGAUAUAGCGACCUUGAGGAAGAAAAGAAAGGAAGAGAAGAUAGGUGUGUGAUAUAACUUGCUUUUCUUUUUAUAUGUAGUGUUUGUGCCCAUUGAAAUGACUUUUUUGGUAAACUGUGGACUUGCAAGAUGUGCUCGGGAGGUUCAUGUUUGAUACAACAUUAUAGUUAGUUAUAGAAACCGAGGAUCGAAAGAGGCAAAAAAAAAAAAAUUUAAAAAACCCAAAUUAAGAAACUACCAUUGUAGCUCAAAAAUUAGGUGAUUUUUAACUAAGAUCCUUAACUACAAUUUAUUAAUUUAAUAGUCAUUAAAGUGUACUUAAGAAACUAUGUGGGAUUCUAGGGAUAAACAUGUUCUAAGAAGCUAAAUUGCCUAGAGAAAAAAAUCAUUUAAUUCCUAUAAGAAACUGAACUCAGUCGAAUUUUAAACAUUUAGUUCCUUACAUUUUUGUAACUAUGAACACGCAAAAUGAAAGGUUAAUAUGAAUUUAGUUGAUAUAGAUUGUAUUAGCAAAUAUAGGUUGUAACACGUUUAAGGGCGUGGAUUUUGACACCCAAAACCAAAAAAUCAAUAUAUAUAGUUACUUAGAUUUUACAUCAACCUUAUUCAACUUUUAAAAGCGGUAGUAUACAACUAUACAUUAUGAGCUGAGAUAAACAAAGUAAAAAGGUCUUUUUAUACAGUAGUUAAAUAAUUUGUGUAGAUGAGAUUAAAGACAAACGAAUGGCAAGUUGGUAUAUGGAAGGUAGAUAAGAGGGGCAAGUUGGUCGGCUUGAAAAAUAUAUCGUCAUCAAACCGCCAGCACAGAGAAAACGUGAGGUGAAUGAAAUAACUAAUCCAAAUCAAGAAGGCGUUUUAACUGAAUCAAGAGAGAGAGAGAGGGGCUGAGUCAAAUCAGAGAGAGAGAAGAGGCUGAGUCAAAUCAGAAUGUGAGGAAAAGAGAGAAAGCGACGAAAGCACUAAAGACUUAUGGAGAAGAGUGCACCUUGCCUAGUGGUGUCUUAACAUUAACUACAUCUCUCUAACACGUGAAAGACAUGCAUCUGACUCUUUCUCUUUCGUUUUUCUUACUGUAUUCAUUUAUACUUAUUCGCACGACUCUCCAGAGUAAACACGACUAGUCACGAGAUUAUACCUUUUUUUUUUAAAAACGAACGACAUUAACGAAGUUUUUUUUUCACAGGAAAAUACAUUUUAUUUGAAAGAAACAUACACGAUUUGAUACAUAAGCAAUCCCCAGACGCAAGAGCCCAGAUAAAAGCGGUAGCUAAAAUCCACUCCAAGACAACUUACGGCAACAAACAAAUAUACCAACUUAAAACUAAACGAUUUAUCAAGUUAAAUGAGCAAAUUUAAAUCCAAGUAGUAUCCAAUAAUUGAGAAUUCAUUGCUGCCCUAGCCUGUCAAACGACAUUAACAAAGUUAUACUCCCUCCGUUUUUUAAUAUAAGUCGUUUCAGAGAAAUUUUUUUGUUCCAAAUUAUAUGUCGUUUUCGGUUUUCUAUGUAAAAUUUAUUAAUAAUUAAUGUUGUAUGACCAAUAGUAAUAUAUCUUCUAUUUUUCUAUUGGUUGAAUUGUGGUUAGGUAAAUAAUUAAUGAUGUUUUUGUUUAGAAAAUAUAAGAAAUUAAUGGUUUUCUUAAUCUACGUACAUAGAUGUAAAACGACUUAUAUAAAAAAACGGAGGGAGUACAUUGUAAAAUCAUUUCUAAUACAACUCCGAAACUUUGGGGGUGAUUGGUUGGGAUUUAGCAAGUGACUUUAACUUUAAUUUUUAUCUACAGUUUUAAAAUCACCAAUCAUGCUUUACAUUACUUUUUAAAGCUACAACCAAAAAAUUAAAGCUACAGCCAAAAAACAAAAAAAACUAGCUGUAAAAGUCUUAUUUUCUAAAGCUCCAUCUUUUUGGCUGUAGGAAAUUUUAAAGGUACAGCUCUUAAAGCUAAAUCAAAAAAUCCUACAGACAAAAUUCUAAAGUAAAUUUCUAAAGUUACAACUCAACCAAUCACCCCCUUUAUUUUAGUGUGAUUUCACGCAGAAUCUCGUUAGCUUUUAUUGUUGGAUUUGAAAAGUUUUGUGAUUUUGAUAUUAAAAUAAUAUUAUAGAUUAGAGAUAUCCUAAACAGUCUUGAAGCCGAAAUGGAAAGGGAAGCACACAGAAUCAGUAAUAAUGUUCUUAAAACAGAUUUUUUUUAUCAACGUUAAAGUAGAAAUUUAUAACGCGGAGUUACAGUCUAAAGGGAUGCAUGUGUAGCAUCCUUCCCCCGUCUUUCUACUGUCUAAUCUUUGUAAUCCUUUAAAAUAAUUAAUUAUUUUAUUAAAUAAAAUAAUGGAUAACUUUUUGGAAAUGUAUUUCGAUUAGCGGAGUCAACUAAUCUAAUCUGUAUCUUUAAUAACGAUGAAAGUUCAUUUUGAAAUUUCAGUAAGACUGACUUUUAAUAUCUGUCGUGGAAUACUAUUUUCCGAUUGACACUUUUAAUUGAAGUACAUGCAAGACAUUUAAUUACCGCAUGGACAACUUCACAGAAAAAGCUAAAGACUUAAAGAUAGUCGUGACCCUGGUUAAUAAGUAAAAAACUCAUCAAAUAAGAAAAAGUAUAGUAUUGCAGCAGAUCACGUACAGUGACAGCGGAGGAACACAAAGCCAACAUUGCAAGAAAAUACAUUUUCGGAUGCUCACAAAGCUGUAUUGUUCUAUUUGCUGGCCUUUUUGUAAUGAAAAUUCUAAAUAGUACAUGCAAAUGCAAUACAUUACAAAUUCGGAAAAACACUGCAACAAAAUUUUCUUUCUGUUCGAUAAAUAUGUCAUAAGAAAAAGAAAAGGAAGUUAAUAAAUUUUAUCAUGCCUGGAAAUUGAUAUAGAUCUCCAAAUUACAUAACGUCAAAACGUACGAUGUCAGAACAACCCAAGGUGACAAUGUUUAUAUAACACACAAAUUAUUUGGAUCCAAUAGGAGGAUUUGAAGAUAUUUUAUGAGAUACGAUCACAAUGAGUACAAUUGGACAUCCGUUAUUUCCGGGAAAAUCAUAUAAAUAUCUUAUUUAUGAAUAGUAGUAUUAGGUUCUCAUUAACAUGUGUGUUAAUCAUUAAAAUAUUAGUUAGGAAGAGACUAGGAGCCUAACCAAGAAAAUUUCGAAUAAAGAAAAAGAAAACAAACA